AUGCCUUCAGGCACAGCCUCUGUCGCUGUGGCAGGGAUCCUGGCUGCUCUGCGAAUCACCAAGAACAAGCUCUCCAAUCAUGUGUUUGUUUUCCUAGGCGCGGGCGAGGCAGGAAUGGGCAUCGCCAAACUCCUUGUCAUGGCGCUAGAGAAAGAAGGUUUAUCCAAGGCAGAGGCCACAAAAAAGAUCUGGAUGAUGGACAUCGAGGGGCUGAUUGUCAAGGGGAGGAGUGACCUGAACCAUGAGAAUGAGAUGUUUGCCAAAGACCAUCCUGAAAUGAAAUCUCUGCAGGAGGUAGUGAGGCUAGUGAAGCCCACAGCCCUUAUAGGUGUUGCUGCUGCCUCAGGAGCCUUCACGGAGCAGAUUCUGAGGGACAUGGCCUCCUUCAAUGAGCGCCCUAUCAUCUUUGCCCUGAGCAACCCCACCAGCAAGGCUGAAUGCACAGCUGAGAAGUGCUACCUACUCACUGAGGGCCGAGGGAUCUUUGCCAGUGGAAGUCCUUUCAAGAGUGUGACUCUGAAAGAUGGCAAGAAAUUCACUCCUGGGCAGGGAAACAAUGCCUAUGUGUUUCCCGGAGUGGCACUGGGAGUCAUUGCUGGAAGGAUCCGGCACAUCCCAGAAGAGAUCUUCCUCCUGACAGCAGAGCAAAUUGCCCAGGAGGUCUCUGAGCAUCAUCUUUCCCAGGGGAGACUGUACCCACCACUCAGCACCAUCCAAGAUGUGUCUCUAAGAAUUGCCAUCAAAAUCCUCGACUAUGGGUACAAACACAACCUGGCCUCCUUCUAUCCAGAGCCCACGGACAAGGAGGCUUUUGUAAGAUCCCUGAUCUACACUCCAGACUAUGAAGCCUUUACAGUGGACUGCUACAGUUGGCCUAAGGAGGCCAUGAAUUUUCAGACGAUCUGAUGUGGGGCUUAUAAUAUUCACAAUAUAAAUGGGCCCCAAAAUGGCCA